GGCAGAGCGCGCCGCCCGGCCCCGCGGGACGCGGGGAGCCCUGCCCUGCAGUCGGCGCCCGCUCUGAUUGGCGUUCCCGGCCGGCCUCCAGCCCGGCUCAGCGGCCCCUCCCAGCCAAUCGGGGGCACCAGAAUUAGGGCUGCCGCGGGAGGGGGGUGCGUGCCGCCGGCCGGAGGCUGAGCCGCCCUCCCCGCCUAGUUCCCGCCGGGCCCUGCCGCAAUCCGGAGCCGGGGGCCGCAGGCUGCGCGCCGCGGGACCACCGCCGCGCCCCCCUUUCGCGCCGCGCUCCGGGCCCCGCGCGCUUUCAUGCUGCGCCCCUGGGCAGGGGUCGCUCCUCAUCUGCGCUCGCCGAGAACUCGCCUCCACGGCGCCCGAGCCGCCCCGGGACGCGGCCUCCGCGCAGCCUGCGAGCCGCCAGCCCGCGCUCGCCCGGGGUCCCGCAUCCCGUCCCGGGAGUGGGUGGGUCGGGCUGGGGACAGCCCGACUGAGGCAGGAUGUUCACGUCGAAGUCCAACUCAGUGUCGCCCUCGCCGUCCAUGGAGCAGGCCGACUCGGACGCGCUGGACAUCAGCACCAAAGUGCAGCUCUAUGGGGUGCUGUGGAAGCGGCCUUUCGGGAGGCCGUCGGCCAAGUGGUCCCGGCGGUUUUUCAUCAUCAAAGAGAGCUUUCUGCUUUACUACUCUGAGAGCGAGAAAAAGAGCUUUGAAACCAAUAAAUACUUCAAUAUACAUCCUAAGGGCGUCAUCCCUCUGGGGGGCUGCCUGGUGGAGGCCAGGGAAGAACCCAGCAUGCCCUACGCCAUGAAGAUCUCCCACCAGGACUUCCAUGGGAACAUCCUGCUGGCUGCCGAGUCCGAGUUUGAACAGACCCAGUGGCUGGAGAUGCUGCAGGAGUCUGGGAAGGUGACCUGGAAGAACGCCCAGCUGGGAGAAGCCAUGAUCAAAAGCCUGGAGGCCCAGGGCCUGCAGUUGGCCAAGGAAAAGCAGGAGUAUUUAGACAAACUGAUGGAAGAGACUGAAGAACUCUGCCUUCAGAGGGAGCAGAGAGAGGAGCUCGAGCGCCUUAACCAGGUGCUGGAGGCCGAGAAGCAGCAGUUUGAGGAGGUGGUGCAGGAACUGAGAAUGGAGCAGGAGCAGAUCAAGAGGGAGCUGGAAUUGACAGCAAGAUGCCUCAAGGGUGUGGAGCAAGAGAAAAAAGAGCUGAGGCACCUCACAGAGACCUUGCAGCAGACACUGGAGCCUGAUGUGUGGUUUGCACGGAUAUUUUCAAAGGAACUCUCCAUAGAGAAGAAGAAAACCCUGGAAAUGCUGGAGGAGAAUGAGAACCAGCUGCAGACACUGGCCAAUCAGAGUGAGCAGCCCCCUCCCAGUGGGGGUCUCCAUAGCAACCUAAGGCAGAUCGAGGAGAAGAUGCAGCAGCUCUUAGAGGAGAAGCUCCUGGCGGAGAAGCGGAUGAAGGAGAACGAGGAGCGCUCACGGGCCCUGGAGGAGGAGCGAGAGUUCUACUCAAGCCAGUCACAGGCCCUGCAGAACUCGCUGCAGGAGCUGACGGCAGAGAAGCAGCAGGCCGAGCGGGAGCUCAAGGUGCUGGCCCGGGCCUGCUGGGGACCAUCUUGGGCUCAGGGAGCCUCCCCUCUGCACAGGCCCCUCCCAUGCUUGCACUCCACCGGAAUGCUCUCUGCCUCUCUGCCCAGAAGGCAGGUGCAGGCAAUGGAGCCACCAUCAGGGAGAGCAGGGAGCCCAGUGCUUCAGUGGGGCGUCGCUGACAGACACCCACUGGGUGCCAGGGCUGAGUACAGACCAUUUGGUGGGAGGGGGAAACCAUGGAGGGAGGAUGUGGUAGCUUCCAUCCAAGUCCAGUGGUGGUCAGGGAAGGCUCCCCAGGGGGUGGCAGCUGCUCCCCAGGAUCCGGCCUCCCUCUCCCCCUUCUCCCUUCAGGCUGAGGUGAAGGUGCGCAUGGACCUGGAGAGGCGUCUGCGGGAGGCCGAGGGCGCCUUGCGGAGCCUGGAACAAGGGCUCAAUUCCAAGGUGCGGAACAAGGAGAAGGAGGAGAGGAUGCGGGCCGACGUGAGCCAUCUGAAAAGGUUCUUUGAGGAGUGCAUCCGGAACGCGGAGCUGGAGGCCAAGAUGCCUGUCAUCAUGAAGAACUCCGUGUACAUCCACAAGGCAGCCACUCGGCGCAUCAAGAGCUGCCGCUUCCACCGGCGCAGGUCCAGCUCGUCGUGGAACGACAUGAAGCCGUCCCAGUCCUUCAUGACGUCCCAGCUGGAAGCCAACAACAUAGAGGAGCUCAAGGAAGUGGCCAAGCGGCUGAGCCGAGACCAGCGCUUCCGGGAAUCCAUCUACCACAUCAUGGCGACCCAGCCCGGGCCCCCCUCGGUGCUUCCCCGGGGUGGGAAGUGAUGGAUACGCCUCCCUGCCUCCCAGAUUGUUCCCCAUGGGUCCAGGAAUGGGCAGCUGAGAGCCCUUCCACUCACUCUGGAGCUGCCUCUCUGGGCCAGGGCCUGGGGGCCCGCUUCACCCUCAAAGCACAGGGACGCUACCCUCCUCACCCCCACCCCAGACCCUACCCUUGCAGGCCCGGGCUGGGUGGUGCCUGGUCACCAUGGUGAGGGGAGGAGGGAGCCUGGUUAUAUGUGGAGAUUUUUUUUGGUGGAGGGGGGAGGGAAGGGGGAAAACUGCAGCCCUCUCUCGUACCCAUUCUACCUCCCUGCCCCUCCCUCUCUGUAUGACUCUGCUGCCCGGCCCCGGGUCCCAUAUAUACAGGUCUCAACACCCCCACCCCCAGUCUGGACGCCCUUUUGCCCCCAGGGCUCCCUAGCCCUCUCUUUGCUUCUGACACCCACUGGACAUCCCUCAGCCAAGGCCCCACACACCAUGGAGCAGGGAGGAAAGGACCUAGGACCUUCCCUGAGGGUGGGCCUGGUAUGGGACCGCCCGGACUCCCCUGCCCCUCAGUGAGCUCUCCUCAUGCAGCCUCGGCACCCUGGGAGGGUGGGGUGACCCCACCAUGUCCCUUCCAAGAAUCUGGGGCCAGCAGAGACACUGAGGGCCCAGAGGACAUGAAGCCAGCUCAAGGAGGGGAAGAAACUUGAUAUACUCCUAUUCUGCAGGGAGGCAGCUGUCUCUGGCCACAGCAGCCACUGGUCCUUGGGAUCACGGACAUCUCCCUCUCAGUUGCCCUGAUGCCACCUGUCCCUGCAGAGGCCUCACCCAGUGAAGGCCUGUGACAAGGCCGGUAGCCAUUGGUGGGCUCAGAGUCAUUAGGGGUGAAGCUGAAAACACCAGUCUGCAGCCCUUGUGGAAGACUGCCACCCUCCAGGGGACUGAGGGCUGGGGGUGUCAUCUGUGGACAGAAGAGUCUGCCCUGCUCUUUCUCCUCCAUCCCCACCCUCUGAAGCUGCCUGCGUCUGUGGGUGUCUCCAGGAAAGGUGUCUUCCUGGGAUCAGGGUACUCAAGAACACUCGUGGUGUCAAAGGUGCUGAUGAUGGAGGUUCUGGGUCGGGAGACGGACAGAUGGCUGCAGGACAAGCUCCUGCGGAAGGUGCAGCCUCUGGGAGCUUGCAGCCUGUUCUGAAGGAAGAGGAGCAUCACUGCCCGUUGCCCGGACAGCACGUGCUCGCCUGCUGCUAGGCAACCAAGGCCAGGCUGGGCUGCCCUGCUCCGUGCUCAGGGCCGCCUGGGAAACUGAUCUCUGUAGUCCCUUCUCGGUGACAGGGGAAUUUUGAUGGGUUCAGCCAUUCUCUGCAGUUUAGGUGAGGAUGAGUUUGGGGGUGGGGGUGAGGAUGCUUUGGAAAUAAUGCAUCUCAAAGGGCUGAGCCUAAAUGUAAAAGCUUUAAACAUGUAUA